UGGCCUGAUGAGUACUGGCGUUGCUGUUCGUGCGUUGUGGUCGUAGUCGUCGCCGUCGUUCGAAGUCGUUGUAGUCGCUGUCGGUGUCGUUGAUAAUUUGCUGUGCUGUGCUGCGCCGCUGCCGUUGUGGAUUUUGUUGGAAUUAAAGAAAUUUGUGUUUUUUCUUUCCUUACUCGCGACAACUUUUCCAUUAUUUUUUGUGCUUUUCCAUCAAAUACUUCGGUAACAGUUUUUCACGGUAAUUGGAAUUCGCUGAAAAUGAAGCAAUGAAAGCAAGUUGAAGAUUUUGUGCGAAAAUCGUGUGGAAAAAAAGCAAGAAGAAAGAAAAUUGUGCAAUUUGCGGAAAUCGUGAAAAUUACAUGUGAAAUGUGCGCAAAGCAAAUGCGAAAAUGAAAUGUAAUAAUCGUGCAAAAAAUUAUGUAUGAUAAUUCUGCGCUUCUAUGUUUGGCAGAAAAUAUAUACGUGAAAGCUGCAAAGUUGUUGCGGAAAUGUGUAACUGAUCUACGGUUUUGUGUUACGCUGCCCAAAAACGACGAUUUUACAUUGAAGAUCGUCCGUUAAGUGCAAACCCUUCUAAAUUGGCUACAAUUCCCAACUCGAAACAGAUUCUACAAACAUAUUUGCAGCAGCGUUAACACGAUACCUCCCAUCCGUCGUCUACUACUAAUAAUAACUACUACAUACAAACAUUCAAGGUAUAAACAUACUUAUAUAUAUAUAUAUAUUUAAGCGCCGGUUUGUUUAUUGGACAUCUGGCAUAAAGGAGCACAUCGAUUUAAGGGGUGGGCGCCACUUUAACGUCCAACAAAGUGUCAACAUAAAACAUCAAAUUGGCGGUUGGUGUGUUAUUUUUCGGUAUUUUUAAAUACAUCAUAAUUUCGCACAAGAUCCGGUGAUGUGGGACAACCCCCGCAGCGGGAAAUGCAACAAACCCAACGUUAUAUACCGUCUGUAUCUGAUUUAUAUGGGACGGACGAGAUAGAACUCCUACUGGACGAAAUACGCGAAUUAGAACCGGUCUGCUGUCAGCUGGAUGAUGAACAGGAUUUUGAAAUAGCUGGCAGCAGAGCCGGUGAGCUGUCACUAUCCUUAGAAUCGCCGCUGGGCACGUGCACGUCGUGGGACUCGCACGCCAAUUAUAAACAGCGCAGCGGCCAAACGCCACUGCCAUGGGGUGUAGCCCUACACUGUGAUCCGCAACACUUGAAAACGCCUACAGGGAUUGUGCGUAUUCUCUUGGUGUUAUCGUCAGCCGCUUGUCUAGCCUGCGAAUGCUCCGCCGGCACGGUACAAGUCGGCCUCUUUUUACUGCCACUCAUCGGACGCUUGAGAUUAAUGGUCUUCUGUGCGAUCUUCUCCCUACUAAUCACCUGUCUGAUGUUAUUUCUAGACAUUUCACAUAUAGCACUCAUGUUCCCAUUCAAUUGGACUAAAGUUAAUACAUGGAUGUACCUGAGCAUUGGUUUGAUAUUAAUUUUGAGCUCGACACUGGUCAUGCAUAUGGUGCUCUAUGCUGAGGAAUACGUUUUGGUCAACAAGCACACCAAAGACACACUGUUUACUUCAGCGUUUAUCGGUUACAUUUGUGCCAUCGAGUCGUUUAUACUGUCUGGCAUCGCCUCAUGGCCAUGGACGCAAUAUUAUCGUCAGGUGCCCGAUGAUGCCAGCGAAAUGUAUAUCGAAGAUCGUGAAAUGACACCAAUGAGUCCAAUCGAGAGUACUGAUGUGCCGAAUACACACCAUCAAACACAAUAUAACAAUCGAAAUAAUAGCACUGCACACAGCGAAUCAAAUCACAAUAAUCAGCAACAGCAACAACAACAACAAUACAAUCGAAUAUCAUCGUCGUCGUCCUAUAAUCAAAAGCCUUAUAUACCUGCCAAACGACCCAAUGAAUUGAUUAACCAAAGACCAACACUGGGUCACACCCAAACAACCAGGAAACCAAAUACUCGUUACCGUGAAGGCUAUCAUUAUCAACCAGUUGCGUCAACGUCCCGCCAGAGUCCCACAUUCGUCCUAGGCGAUGACAUUGGGGCCGGUCCAUCCACAUCCCGAUCCAAUGAUAAUUCUAGUGCGUGAUAGUUUUUAUUCCUCAUAAUAAUGUAAUAAAUUUAAAAUAUAAAAUGCAAAAAAAUAAUAAUAGAAAACAAUUAAGACAACAAAAAAAAUUAAUAAAAAAAUUUGCAAAAAAAAAUACAACAAAAGAAACAAAGAAGGCGUAUGCAUUGCAAAAAUGGCAUUGAAAGAAAAUGCGCAACACAUAUUAACGAUUAGUUUUUGCAGACAGUUAGGGAGGGAGAUAAAGAGAGUAAGAGAGAAGCAACAAAACAAUAAGAAAAGCAAAAGCAAAAGCAAAAGUAUAUCUGCGGGUAUGAGAAAUGAAUAAAAAAUCAUAAUUAAGCAGCUGAAUUUUGUUUCAGCAACGAAUACUGAAGAAAAAUCUAUUUAAACAAAAUGCAUUUGGUAAUUGUAACGAAUUGUUUAUAGCUGAACAAAAA